GGGUGGUGUUGGGCUUGUGUGUGAAAAAUCAGCUGCUCGAUGGCGGCAUAAAUGCCAGAGUCUCGAUAUAACGGCGGACAUUGACCACCAGCAGCAGCACUUGGAGGAUUCAGCAUUGGAUGCUCGAUUAUUGGGACGUUGUUAAGUGUUUCGCGUGUCAUUAUGGCGAUAAAAUUGAUAAAUAAUAGACAUUGCCGUAGACAUUGCUGAGCUCGUUCGCUCGUUAAGGAAGUAACGUGUUAUAGAGGGAUUAGAGGGUUCGGUUUCUGGACGACCGCGUGUUGUUCGAUUCGUGGUCAGGUGCGAUCGGUGGUUAUUCGGGCCCCCGGGGUGCACUGCCUUGGUGGUAAUGGCCACUAAAGACAGUGCGAGCGCGACGACGUCGUCGGCGUCGGGGUCAACGGCAACGGCAACGGCAACGGCAACGGCAACGUCCUUAAGGGUGGAGGACGUGACGGUUGAGUCGGGUAUCGAGCCCGGGGCCUCGGCCGAGACGAUGCUGGUUACGACCGACAGCCUCGAGGAGUUCGAGCAGGAGUUGAGCAGCAGCAUCGACGAUAGGCAGAUGAAGGAGAGUAUUACCAGUACUAUCUCGGAUAUCCAGCAGGAUCCCGUCGACAGCCCGAAGACGCUGGCUAUGAACUUGGAAAAGUCCGCUUCGUUCGACAGCAAUGAAAUUGAUGAGCUUUCUCAACAAUUUGGACAAAACAGUUUGGAUGCCGAUCCGCUGAAGUGUAAAGUCUGGCUUGCUCAGAAGAAGCACGUUUUUGUUUUAAGCCAGGCUGGUAAACCAAUAUACUCUAGAUACAGUUCCGAAGACAAACUAGUCACAGUGAUGGGAGUUAUGCAGGCUCUUGUAUCGUUUGUUCAAGCUGGCAACGACAUGAUCAGAUCUGUUCACGCCGGCGAUACAAAUUUUGUAUUCGUUGUAAGAGGGCCGCUCAUUCUUGUUAGCGUUUCCAAAACUCUCGAAAGCGUACCUCAGCUUGUGCUCCAGUUAACAUAUGUAUAUAAUCAGAUAUUAUCUGUUUUAUCACAAUCACAGUUAACAAAAGUGUACGAGCAGAGAAGGAACUUUGAUCUGCGACGAUUGUUGACGGGCAGCGAAAGAUUAAUAGAUCAUUUGUUGAAUUUCAUGGAUCGAGAGCCGGCAUUUUUUUUAAGCGCCGUCAAAUGUUUACCACUUUUGCCUUCUAUGAGAGAUGCAAUAACACAGACGAUUGUACAAACUUGUAGUAAAAUAAAGAAUUUAGUCUUCGCAAUACUCUUAGCUAAUAAUCAGUUAAUCACAUUGGUUAGAAUGAAGAAAUUUUGUAUACACCCAGCCGAUCUUCACUUGAUCCAGAAUUUGGUGGAUAGUUCGGAAUCGUUUAAAACUGCCGAAAGCUGGACUCCUAUAUGUUUACCAAAAUUUGAUUCAAAUGGCUUCAUGUAUAGUCACGUAUCGUAUUUAGCAGAGGACUGCCAAGCUUGUCUAUUAUUAUUAACGGUUGAUAGGGAUGUAUUUUUUACGCUCUCCGAGGCCAAGCAGAAAAUCGUGGAAAAAUUAAGACGUACCAAUUGCCUCGAGGCAAUUAACGAGUCCAUGAAUAAGGCUUCUAUAACGAUUGCUGAAAUUGGAUUGUCCGAAAUGCGGCACGUUCUGUAUAAAUGUAAGAGUACCGCGCAAUUUUGGAGUCCAGGCUUCCAGCCUCCGUAUACCACGGAUGAAGAAAUCCAAAGGCUGCUUGGAUGCUAUCAAUGUUUGCAUCACAGAUUACAUUCACCCAGUCGACCUUUGAAAUUGAUAUUUCAACAGUUGGACAAGGAAACGAUGCUGGCAUGGGUUACAUCUGGUUUUGAAUUAUACGUAACAUUUGAACCUUUAAUAACAAAAACAGAUGCAAUUAAUUCAAUAGGCAAACUUUUGAAAUGGAUAAAAAAGGAGGAGGAAAGAUUAUUUAUCCUAAAUUCACCUACAUUUUAAGCCUAGAAUUACGUGACUCGAUUCAUCUUCAUUGAAAAUAAAUAUUUUUUUAAUUGUUUGAUAUAGCGAUGUUAGAUAAGAGGGCUAUUGCCUGUUUUUUAACUGUCAAAUAUAUUUUUUCAUUUUGAGAUAUAAAUAGUAUAAAAGUAUAUUUUAAUAAAAUGGAUCUCGGAGUGCAUUCCUCUGUAUAACAUUUGUUCUCUAGAAACGUUAUUUCUGAUAUUGUUAAGAAACGGAAAUAGAUUGAUGAUCACGCAUAUGUAUUAUAU